AGCCCCUCUCUUACCCCCGAGCCUCCACGCCCAGAUAUAACAUUUGCUGCAUUCUCUCAUAGCCUUCUGAUUCUGUCGCACUCUCGCAUUUUCUCUCCGUUUCUUGGCAUUUCCUUUACUUUUUUUCUUGAGAAAUGGAUGAGGAUUUUGACAUUCCAGCUGCGGAAGAGAUGAACGACGACAUGGAUCUUCCCGAUGAGAGCCCCAUCCUCAAGGUCGGGGAGGAGAAGGAGAUCGGGAAGCAGGGAUUGAAGAAGAAGCUUGUCAAGGAGGGUGAAGGCUGGGACACCCCUGAAAAUGGCGAUGAAGUUGAAGUUCAUUACACUGGGACUUUGCUUGAUGGAACUCAGUUCGAUUCCAGCCGUGAUAGGGGGACUCCGUUCAAGUUCACCCUUGGCCAAGGGCAAGUGAUCAAGGGAUGGGACCAAGGAAUCAAGACCAUGAAGAAGGGUGAAAAUGCCAUCUUCACUAUUCCUCCUGAAUUGGCCUAUGGUGAAUCUGGGUCUUCAACAACCAUUCCUCCCAAUGCCACUCUCCAAUUCGAUGUUGAACUGCUAUCUUGGACUAGUGUCAAGGAUAUCUGCAAGGAUGGUGGGAUUUUCAAGAAGAUUGUCACUGAAGGAGACAAAUGGGAGAACCCCAAGGACCUUGAUGAAGUGUUUGUUAAGUAUGAGGCUCGGCUAGAGGAUGGCACCUUGGUUGCAAAAUCUGAUGGUGUUGAGUUCACUGUCAAAGAGGAUUAUUUCUGUCCUGCCCUGGCCAAGGCUGUGAAGACAAUGAAGAAAGGAGAAAAGGUUAUUUUGACAGUGAAGCCACAAUAUGGAUUUGGGGAGAAAGGCAAACCAGCCUCUGGUGAGGAGGGUGCAGUUCCACCAAAUGCAACACUUGAAAUAACUCUUGAGUUGGUAUCAUGGAAGACUGUGACAGAGGUAACUGAUGACAAAAAGGUCAUCAAGAAAAUUUUAAAGGAAGGAGAGGGAUACGAACGUCCAAAUGAAGGAGCUGUUGUCAAAUUAAAAUUGAUUGGAAAAUUGCAAGAUGGAACAGUGUUUCUGAAGAAGGGUCAUGGUGAAGGAGAGGAUCUCUUCGAGUUUAAGACUGAUGAUGAGCAAGUUAUCGAUGGGCUUGAUAGAGCUGUAAUGACAAUGAAGAAGGGUGAGGUAGCCCUUCUCACUAUUCAUUCAGAUUAUGCAUUUGGCUCAUCUGAGUCAUCGCAAGAAUUGGCUGUGGUCCCUCCCAACUCAACAGUCUACUAUGAAGUGGAGCUUGAGUCCUUCGUUAAGGACAAGGAAUCUUGGGAUAUGAACACUGAAGAGAAGAUUGAGGCUGCUAGCAAGAAGAAGGAAGAAGGCAAUGUGCUAUUCAAGGCUGGUAAAUAUGCAAGAGCCUCAAAGAGAUAUGAGAAGGCUGCAAAGUACAUUGAGUAUGAUUCCUCUUUUGGUGAAGAAGAGAAGAAGCAGGCCAAAACUCUCAAGGUUACUUGCAACCUCAAUAAUGCGGCAUGCAAGCUGAAAUUGAAAGACUACAAGGAGGCUGAGAAGCUGUGCACUAAGGUUCUAGACAUUCAAAGUAAGAAUGUGAAGGCACUUUACAGGAGGGCUCAAGCAUAUAUUCAUCUGGCAGAUCUUGAUUUGGCCGAGUUUGAUAUUAAGAAAGCUCUUGAAAUUGACCCUGAUAACAGGGAUGUAAAGCUGGAGUAUAGAACUUUAAAGGAAAAAAUGAAGGAGUACAAUAAGAAAGAGGCCAAAUUCUAUGGCAACAUGUUUGCAAGGAUGAACAAGUUAGAGGCACUCGAGACCAAUAAAGCAACUAAGGAGGCAGAACCAAUGAGCAUAGACAGCAAGGCAUAAGUGGAGUUUAAAAUGAACUUCAGUUGUGUGAUGAUGAUACAGAAUGAAGGCUCAAUAUUUCUGUCUUUCUUCUGCUUUUUUCUUUUUCUUGGUUUUGGAACCACUUGGGGGUCUGUGGCAUUGAGAGUUUAUAAUGGAUUGUUGACAUAAUUUGUUAUUUGCUAAAACUACCAUUAACAAAUUAUAACUGCCAAGGAAAGUAGUGUUUCAACUUGUCACAUAUUCUGAAUGUUGAAAUGCCUUGAGAAGUCUGUUUAAGAUCUUAAUACUAUCUGUUGUUUCAAAAA